AUGCAGAGAGCAUCGGCUGAUGCAAAGGGAGAAAACCCAUAUCAUGUUCCAUGCGCGACGCACUCUCCUAAUCUAGGCAGCAGAAUCGUAUCGACUAGUCAGGAGCAGUUGCAACAAUUUCAGUCCCUGAAAGCGCUCCUUUUGUCCAAGGGUCCUCAAGAUGAUCUCGACGACGUUCUUGAGCAAAGCAAAGAAUUACUUCGAACCACUGAAAUCCUACAUAACGAUAUGAGUAUUCUGCACAGCCGCAGAAUCGAGAAUAUUAAGACAAUGCAGCUCAAUCGCAUGGCAACGAACAUCAGCUCUUCAGACACUGCUAUUUUCAAUAAGGCGAAGAGCCGUCAUGAAGAUUAG